UGGGAGGAGCCCCAUGAAUAAAUAUAUGAGUGACAGAACAGAACUGGGACACUACAGACAGCAGGAAAACCAGAGCCAGGAGAGAGCAGAUACACCUUAAAAACAAGAUGGUUCUGGUAUUGGUGUUACUCAUGGCAGCGCUUGUAGCUGCAGAUGAUCCAAUGACUGAUCUCUUAAGCCAGGUAGAGUCUGAUAGUGCCUCUCCCUCAGUAGUGCACUGUGACGCCAUCACUGCAUGCCCUGAUUUAACAACAUGCUGUCGGAGUCCUUAUGGGCUGUGGUUCUGCUGUCCAUACAUGAUGGGUCAGUGCUGCAGGGAUGGAGUUCAUUGCUGUCGGCAUGGUUAUACCUGUGAUUCUACAUCAACCCGUUGUUUGAGGGGCUGGCUGAGACUGCCAUCGACUUCUCCACAGCUGGCCUCCAAAGCAAUUCAGAAAACUCAGUCUGUGCUCUUGGACCAGGAUCUUGAAUGGAAGAACCAGGCUGAGGUUGUACAUUGUGAUGGAGAUGUCUACUGCCCAGCUGAAAAGUUGUGCUGCAAGACAAGAACAGACCAGUGGGGGUGCUGCAGCGGUAAACCAGACUGGCCAAUGUUGUAAGGAGAGUAAACAACACCGUGAUUUGGGUUCACUUUUUAUCAAAGAUUUUAUCAAAGAAGUGCAUGAGCCUUUCAAGCUUUGCCAUUGCCCUACAUGCCAAAUAUCCAAAUGUUCUGGGGGUUUUUAGCUAAAAAAAAAUGUGAAGGAGCUAAGUUCAACUUGUAUUUCCAAAUCAUUUAAUAAACACUUGUUUGUCUUUG